UUACAGUAAAUUUCAAGCGACCAGUGGUAAAAGGGUGUUUUUCCCUCACCCAAAUCUACCUAUGUAUGAACAGUAGACACUGACUUGGCCAUCAAAAAUCCAAAAGCAUAUAAACACCAGAAAACAAACAGAACACACACAUAUAUACUAGAUAAACUAUACACAGACAUAUAUAUACAAUGUGUUGGGUUUAUGUUUGUGGAGAAGAGGAGAGAGAGUUGGGUCGUCAACAAGCAACAGGGGCGUGUCCCCAUUGCAAAGGGAAGGUGGACAUGGUGGAUUUCGAGUGCAAAAGGAGGUUCUGCUUUCUUCCCCUUUGCCUUUUAGUCAAGAGGAAAUAUAUCUGCACUCUCUGCGCCCGCCGCUUGGUCUUGUAUUCCUAGUUGGGAUAGCAUGUUCGGUAUGCAGUACCAUACUAAGCUCAGACUGUAUGAUGAAUAUUUUUAGUUUAUCUUUCUCAGUGAAUUAUGCACUUGGAAAGGAUUUCAUCUGAUCUAUUGAAGUGUAUGAUGAAUAUAUUAGUUUAUCUUUCUUGGUGAAUUGUUCACUUGGAAGGGAUUUUUUCUGAUCUUUUAAUAUGUUCUCCCGAUGGAGUUACCUGGUUCUUGUAGUUGUUCAAAACAAUUACUUUUUGUUAGGUC